AUGGCCGGCUACGCACGAGAAAGCAUUGAGGUCCGCGACUUUUCAGAAAACGUGUUCGGGCAGUUGGCCGGAUCCUUGAAGAAAACGGAACGUGAAGUGGAACAGCAUGGCUUGUCAAUUGGCCACUUUCAGUACGCGGCGAGCAUGUUCGAUUGGUGGUGCGGAACAGGUGUGGUCAGAGGCUACAUCGCCGUUGCGAGGAAGUAG